AUGGGGGUCAAUCCGGGCGUUGUGUUUCUCCUGGUAAGCCCCGUCGUUCAUGUCACGAGCACCAAUCUCGCCCUUCCCAUUUCGCCGUUCUUGUCUCUGCUUCCCAUUCUGCUGCCCAUCCUUGGCACUAUCAACGCCUUUUACUACCCACGCCUGCUGUUCAACGCGAGCACUUCUCUAGCCCGAACUGAGCAGUUGUUUCCAACCAUCAUCCAGACACUUCAGGGCAUCCUAACCACCGCCGUGGCCGUGAUCCUGUUGCAAACCGCGCUUCCUGGCGAUGGCCUGAACUGUGCUCUGUCCACCAGCUGGCAGCGCAUGUUUGUCGCCAAGGAUGAGUCAACCAUCAGGCGUAUUCAGGAUAGCCUUAACUGCUGUGGCCUGAACAGCGUCAAGGACCGCGGUUGGCCGUUUGGUGCCAAUGCCCGGUGCGCGGAGAUAACCGGUCGCGAUACUGCCUGCGUCGGCCCGUGGAGGGACGCAACAGUGCGGAAUUCCUCCAUCGAUUUGGGCAUCGUCCUCACCGUUGGUGUGCUGCAGGUUUUGACGUUGCUCUUUAUGCAAAGUGCCAGCAACUGGAGACAUGCAUGGUGGGCGCAACCCUGGAGCCAUCUUUCAGAGCGCCCGAUCGAAGAGCGCCAGCGCAGGCCUCUUCUCACUGCUACCAUCUCGGCUCACUCAGCACACGACAGUGGUGAGGAAUCGGAAGACAUUGUGAGGUACAGCGACCUGAACCCACACUACGGCACCACGGGGGAGGGACAACGAGGCCGUAUUCGUCCCGCCUCCCGUUCCGGACGAAUUGAACCUUCUUCGCUCAGAAAUGUCGAAAAUGCCGAAAAUGAAUGGAGAGACGAGUGA